GCGGACAAACGAGAGCAACGAUGACCAUGGAGUUCUUUUACCUGAUUGUCGUCAUGUUGACUUUUCUGUUGCUGCCUUCAGCUUCGGCAAGUUUGGGCUCUCACCGAAAACUCAACCGAGCUAUAGGGAGUGAAGCAAUCCCAGGACAAUAUAUCAUCGCAUUGGAUUCAAACAUCCCAAAUUCAAGAGGGUUUGCCACCCACAUACUCAAACGCGCGUUCCGAAAUAACAUCAUCGCGACCUACGACUAUGCCAUGAAAGGGUUUGCUGUCAAGGAUCUCCCCGAUAUGUUGUUGCACUUCAUUCUCAACAUGGAUGACGUAAUCUCUGUAUCGGAGGAUGCGGUUGUGAAGGCGGAAACGGUACAAACAGAUCCUACGUGGGGCCUCGACAUCAUUGAUGGACAAGCUGACAACCUCUACAGUUACGCGUUUACGGGACAAGGCGUCGAUGUUUACGUUCUUGACACGGGUAUUCAAGCAAAUCAUCCGGACCUUGAAGGUCGCGUCGAGAGCUGCGUCUCCUACAGUGGAGAAGAGUGCGGAUCCGAUCUCAACGGGCACGGUACCCAUGUGACCGGAACUGUCGGUUCGAAAACAUACGGUGUAGCCAAGAAAGCAUCUUUGCACGACGUCAAGGUGCUCAACCAAAAUGGUAGUGGAUCCUACGUCGGAGUUAUUGCUGGCAUCGACUACGUAGCCCAGAUCAAUAAUGCAGAUCCCAGCCGCAACAUUGUUAUGAAUUUGAGUCUCGGGGGAGGGUUUAGUCCAGCCUUAAACAGCGCAAUCAAUUCCGCAGCAGAUUCAGGCGUGGUAGUGGUAGUCGCUGCCGGAAACAGUAACGAAGAUGCCUGCAAUUCCUCUCCUGCAUCUGCAGAGAGAGCAUUAGUGGUUGGUUCCAUCAACAACAGUAACCAACGUUCGGUUUGGUCUAAUUGGGGCAGCUGUGUCGACAUCUUUGCGCCAGGUUCCGGGAUUCUAUCGCUGUCCCCAAACAGUGGCACGUCUACAAAGUGGGGCACGUCCAUGGCCUCCCCACACGUAGCUGGUGUCGCCGCACUGUACUUGCAAGCGCGUAAAAGCACCGAUUUCAUUACGUCCGAUGGGUUGGAGGAUCAGCUCUCUUCGAAUCUGGAAGGCUCCCCCAACCUCCGAAUAAGCACUGCAAAGCUGCCGCUGGUAGCUCUACCAACCCAGUCGCCCAGUCGUGCACCCACACGUCAACCCACUCCCGCACCAACCCUCCAACCCACUCGUGAACCUACCGGUCGCCCGACGCCGUCGCCUUCAAAUGAACCCUCGGAAGACGCCGUUCCCAACCUUCCCACUAUCGACGCCAUACCUUUGAUUGAGCCAGAUUCGUCGCCUCCGACAAAGACUCCAGCUUCUUUUCCGACCAACGCUCCAGUGCCUCCACCAACUCGUGCUCCGACCAAGGCGCCGAGCAGUGCUCCAAGCAAUACUCGUGCUCCGACCAAGGCACCAACUGGUGCUUCAGUGACUCCACCAACAUCUUCUCCGGUAUUGCCACAAUGCCAGUCUAGUGGACAGCCUACUGCCGGUCUAGCCAAAGAAGUCGGUGACCACUACUUCGAAGCCUUUUCCUUCGACAUGCUGCAGAAACUGUCUAGUCCAUGCGACUGCAAGGGAGUUUCAAAGACAGUCAUCAAUUUAAUGCUUCUGUUGGAAGAAAGAACAAUGAAUGCCACAACACAUCAAACGACAAAUCUGGGAAGCUCGCGAAAGCAGAAAAUGGAUAAGCAAGCCUGA